AUGGCUGAUCGUAAAACUCAUUAUCAGCCUAAUUCUCCUGCUCCUUCUCCAACUUGUAAUACCAUCCCAGCUGAAGAUGAAGUGCUCUCUUCAAUACACAGAUUACCAGUUAAUGAACAGAAACUAUAUGCUACAUCGGGUUCUUCUCCUGCUCCUUGUCCAGAUUAUGAUUCCCUCCCAACUGAAGAUGAACUGCUCUCUUCUAUUCAAAGAUUAUCAUUUGAAGAACAAAAUCUAUAUGAUGAUAUGCAUUCUGCAAACUCUAUAUUAAGGUCUCCAAGCCAUCUCAAAUGGGAGCCAACUAGUUCAAAAACUUUGCAAACAUGUGCAAAAUAUCUACUUGGGGGAUCUAUACGAAAUAGCAGUGAUAACUGCGAUAAGCUUGCUACUACAGAACAAGGAUGUUUCUCUCUCAAAGCUGUUAUUGAAUCAAUAGACGACCCUCUCAAAUCUCAGCUGCUAUCAAUCAUCAUAGGCGAAGCCGUCUACCUUUCUAAACACAACUACGGGAAUUCUGUGGUGCAACAUGUUCUAGAGCGCCAUCCUAAUACUGCAAACCUUAUAUGCAAUGAGCUUAGGGGACACUUAUUACAACUUUCUAAGGAUAAGUAUGGCAGUAAUGUUGUAGAAAAAUGUAUCGAAUCGAAUGCAACCCAUGUUGUAGUCUCGCAACUCCUCUCUGAUUGUAAACAACUUGUUGAAGUAGCUCAAGAUAAGUUUGGCAACUAUGUCAUCCAAAAGGCACUUAAGCUUUCAAAGGGAGAGGCACUGCGCCGUAACCGGUCUAUGAAUCUCUCAUAUCAGCACCAUAAUCGAUCUUUCUGA